GCGCUGCGCAAAGGCAGCUGCCUCCUCGCCCCUCGGUUCGCGUAGGUUGCUAGGCCAGCCCCGGACCCGCCCGCCUCCCUGACUGGCGUCCGCGCCUCCCAGCCAGGCCCUGCCUCUCACCUUGGCACAUCACCAGGGCGACGGGGGACUGCGGGGGCGCCGGAGCCUGGCGCGCGCUUCGCGUCGCGCGCUUCGGGUCGCGCGCUUCGGGUCGCCCUAGGCCGCUGCAGCCUGACGCAGGGCACGUCGCGGCCGGCGGGCGGCGCGGCCCGGACCUUUGCCCACGUAGGCGCGGCCGGAAGUUCCCGGGGCCGGCAACAUGGCUGCCUCCGCGUCCGGCCUCGGCGGUGGCGGCGGCGGCGGCCGGCGGCGGCGUGCUCUCGGGCCCGAGGCCGGGGACUUCCUGGCGCGGUACCGGCUGGUGUCGAACAAGCUGAAGAAGCGUUUCCUGCGGAAGCCGAACGUGGCCGAGGCCGGCGAGCAGUUCGGCCAGUUGGGCCGCGAGCUGCGUGCCCAGGAGUGUCUGCCGUACGCAGCCUGGUGCCAGCUGGCCGUGGCGCGGUGCCAGCAGGCGCUCUUCCACGGGCCUGGGGAGGCGCUGGCCCUCACGGAGGCCGCGCGCCUCUUUCUGCGGCAGGAGUGCGACGCGCGUCAGCGCCUGGUGUGCCCCGCCGCCUACGGCGAGCCGCUGCAGGCGGCCGCCAGCGCCCUGGGCGCCGCCGUGCGCCUGCACCUGGAGCUGGGCCAGCCGGCCGCCGCCGCCGCUCUGUGCCUGGAGCUGGCCGCCGCCCUGCGGGACCUGGGCCAGCCGGCCGCCGCAGCCGGCCACUUUCAGCGCGCCGCCCAGCUGCAGCUGCCCCUGCUGCCCCUGGCCGCGCUGCAGGCGCUGGGCGACGCCGCCUCCUGCCAGCUUCUGGCGCGCGACUACAAUGGCGCCCUGGCGCUGUUCACGCGCAUGCAGCGCCUGGCGCGGGAGCACGGCAGCCACCCGGUGCAGCCGCCGCUCCCGCCCCCGCCACAGCAGACCCCGCUGGCCCCGGCACAGUCGCAGGCCCCGCCCCCGGGGCCCCAGCCCGGACCCGGCGCGACCCCAGCGACGUCCGCCUCGCCGCUCCCCGCCAACCCGGGCUCUGGCGCGCCCUCUCCCGUCGCCCUGGGCGCCUUCUCCGAGGUGCUGGUGCGCUGCGAGGUGUCCCGUGUGCUGCUGCUGCUGCUCCUCCAGCCACCUCCCGCCAAGCUGCUGCCCGAGCACGCCCAGACUCUGGAGAAGUACUCCUGGGAGGCUUUUGACAGCCACGGGCAGGAGAGCAGCGGCCAGCUUCCCGAGGAACUCUUUCUGCUGCUGCAGUCCUUGGUCAUGGCUACCCAUGAAAAGGACAUAGAAGCUGUCAAGUCACUGCAGGUGGAGAUGUGGCCUCUGUUGACUGCUGAGCAGAACCACCUCCUUCACCUCGUUCUGCAAGAAACCAUCUUCCCCUCAGGACAGGGGAUCUGAUAAAUCACAUUAACCAAAGACCUUUUUGCCUGGUACACAACCUCAUUCAUCCACCUUUGCAAAAGACUCUGAUCCACGUUCUGCAUUUCCUCUUACUGCCACAGUGGGAAUUCAGUUGACUGAAGUUACCUACCAAAUGUGUAUUUCCACCAUGGAAGAGAAGAAACAAAACAGAAUAUUGUGGAAUCACAGUAAAGGACAUGGCUCUCUUCCAAAAAACUGCAACAUUAAAAAUGAAAAUCCUUUUAAUCUUCUUUCUCUUCCACCUUCAUCUUUGUUCCCUAGUGAGCAUUGGGGAACAGAGUUGGGUUAGCACAACUUUGAAUAAUCUGUAUGUCUUUAUGUCUCAUUUCUUAGUCUAUUUCUAUGUGUUGGUGAUCCCUAAUUUUCUUCCUGUGUUUCAUCUCACAUGUUCAUGGGAAUUAUUUUAUGCCUUACAACCUUGUUGCUAUGUCCAUGAUAAAACUGUUUUAAUACUCCUGAUUUGGGGUUGAGGUUUGCCUUAUCUAUAAGAGUAACCCAGCAGCUUGUCAGGAGGCAAAAAGCAGAACUAGACUCUUUCAGCCCCAGAAUAUAUUCAUUCUUGUCAAAUGUACACUAUUCCUGGUCUUCCUAUGCCUGGACCUGGCCGCCCAUGCUGGGUAAUGAAUGAAUCUGUGGCAGAGGCCAGUUGUCAUUUUUACAGAGGAAAAACCUAAAUAAACCCUCCAUUUCACUUGA